AUGGUCGAGUUUCUUAUCUCACACGGCGUAAAUAUUAAUGGAAAAGAUGAAUAUGGAGAAUUCGCUCUUCGUACUGCAAUAAGUAAUAAUAAUAAAGAAAUGACUGAAUUUCUUAUUUCACAUGGUGCAAAAUUUAAUGAAAAAGUUAGAAUUGGAAAAACCGCUCUUCAAUUAGCAGCAUUAUAUAAUAGUAAAGAAACUGCCGAACUCCUUAUUUCAUAUGGUGCAAAUAUUAAUGAAAAAGACGAACUUGGACAAACCGCUCUUCAAUUUGCAGCAUUAUAUAAUAGUAAAGAAAUUGCCGAACUUCUUAUUUCACACGGUGCAAAUAUUGAUGAAAAGGAUAGAUUUGAAAAAACCACUCUUCAAUGUGCAGCAGAAAUAAAUAGUAAAGAAACAGCUAAACUUCUUAUUUUACAUGGGGCAAAAAUUGAUGAAAAAGAUCAAUAUGGAAAAACCGCUCUUCAUUAUGCAGCAGAUAAAAAUUGUAAAGAAACUGCUGAACUUCUUAUUUUACAUGGUUCAAAUAUUGAUGAAAAAGGUGAAGAUGAAAAAACUGCUCUUCAUUAUGCCGCAGAUAAAAACAAUAAAGAAACAGCCGAAUUACUUAUCUUAAAAGGAAUAAAUAUUCAUAAAAAAGAUCAUUUUGGGAAAACUGCUCUUCAUCAUGCCGUAAAUAAAAAUAGUAAAGAAAUAGCCGAACUUCUUAUUUUACAUGGUACAAAUGUUAAUGAAAAAGAUGUAAGCGGAAAAACUGCUCUCCAUUAUGCAGCAACAAUUAGAAAAAAAGAAAUCGCCGAAUUUCUUAUUUUACAUGGUGCAAAUAUUAAUGAAAGAAAUAAUUAUGGACAAACGACCCUCCAUUAUGCAGCAGAAUAUAAUUGUAAAGAAAUAGCCGAACUUCUUAUUUUACAUGGUGCAAAUAUUAAUGAAAAAGAUGAAAAAGGAAAAACAGCACUUCAUUAUGCAGCAGCAUAUAAUUGUAAAGAAAUCGCCGAACUUCUUAUUUUACAUAAUACAAAUAUUAAUGAAAAAGAUGAAAAAGGAAAAACUGCUCUUCAUUAUACAGUAUGCAAAAAUAGUAAAGAAAUAGCCGAACUUCUUAUUUUACAUGGUGUACCUGUUAAUGAAAAAGAUGAAAAAGGAAAAACAGCUCUUCAUUAUGCAGCAGAAAAUAAUUAUAAAGAGAUAACCGAAUUUCUUAUUUUAUGUGGUUCAAAUAUUAAUGAAAAAGACGAAAAAGGAAAAGCAGCUCUUCACUAUGCAGCGGAAAAUAAUAAGAAAGAAAUUACCGAACUUCUUAUAUCACAAGGUGCAAAUUUAAACGAAAAAGAUAAAAAGGGAAAAACAGCUCUUCAUUAUGCAAUGCGUAAAAAUUAUAAAGAAAUAACAGAGCUUCUAAUCUUACAUGGUGCAAAUCUUAAUAAAAAUUGGAAAAACAAUUCUUCAUUAUGCAGCAUAUAA